AUGGCAUGGACAAAUCACAUCCUCAUUUCGUUCAUCAUCAUUGCUUUAGUGUACGCGUAUGCUGCUGCAUGUGCAAUGUGGCGAACAAGAUACCGUCUACCCCCGGGGCCCUGGGCGUGGCCAAUUAUAGGCAAUCUCCCACAGCUGAAGGGUAAAGAGGGAUUUUACCACUAUGUGCUGGAGUUUAGAAAAACUUACGGCGAUAUAUUUAGAUUGAAAAUGGGUGUCCAUGAAGUGGUGUUUGUGUUUGGACAUCAGCACGUUCAAGAAGUCUUGUGCAAAAACGGAGCUUUGACAUCAAAUCGUCCAAAUUGGAUGUACAUUCCAAAUAAGAUUUUUAAAGGAAAAGGUAUCGUAUGGAACAACAGGGAUGCAUGUAAAGCAUUGCGGUCCGUUUUAAAAUUGGCUCAGGAAGAUAGUUAUGUAGUGGCGUCUCUGCAGCGUUACCUAGCGACAGAGUUUGACGUAUUCCAGUCACAUGUCAAGGACAAAUCGUCUGCAUACGAUUUGGAAUAUCUGAUUGGACAAACGUCAUUCAACUUUCUCUCUGCUUUUCUCCUGGGAAAAAGAUACAGUUACGACGAUCCAACUAUGAUCGAAAUUAGGAACAAAUUGGCAGAAUUUGGUGCUUCCACAGCCUCAGCUAAUCCGGAAAAUUAUCUCCCAUUUUUGGCAAACUUUACGCAGGCUAAAUUUCAAACAGCCGCUGCUAACCAAGAAAUUGUAUUCAACCGAUUCCGAGAAAUUAUUCAAGAGAAAAGAAACACUCCGGAAGAUCCGCCGACAGAUUUCCUUCGGAUAUAUUUAUCAAACUACGAAAAGGAGGGAUUGAAAAACGGUACAUGCGAAGCAGAUCUCCUACAAGCUGUGAUGGAUAUGUUUUUAGCGGGAAAAGAUAAUCUAUUACUGAGCACAAAAUGGAUACUGAUGGCGCUGGUGAAAUAUCCGGAAGUUCAGUCUAAAUGUAGAUCGGAAAUACAUCAGGUGAUUGGCCAAGGUCAAAGAGUGCAAUCCCAGGAUAGGUCAAGGACGCCUUACACCGUGGCAACCAUCAAGGAAAUUCAAAGAUUGUAUUCACCGGUGACCUUCACGGUAUUCCAUUAUCCGGAACAGGACAUCCAGGUUGGGGGAUACGAUGUCCCAAAGGACACGUUAAUGAUGAUCGAAUGCAAAGCUCCGUGCCGGGACAAACAGUUUUGGAAGGAUCCCGAAGUCUUCAAUCCGGACCGCUUUCUGGGAAUCGAUGGAGAGGGGCAACUACCAGAAGGUUGCUUCAUUCCUUACGGAGAAGGGCCACGAUACUGCAUAGGAAAAUACGUAGCAGACAUGUUUAUGUACUUUCUUGUGGCAAAUAUAAUACAGAACUUCAAGAUUACAACCAGACACCCAGAGCAACCAUUGUCUUUUGAAAACGCAUUCAGUUUCUUUGGCCUCCAACCACUACACUUUCCAGAAAUAAAGUUAGAACCUUUGGAAUGAAGCUUAAUCAAGACACGCAAAUACGCCAUAUGAUUUUGAUAUAGAUAUAUCAGAAUGUGACGUUGUGACCAAGCCGCAGCUAUGAACUUUCGAUGUUUUUUUUAGGAACGCCAUUGCUACCUUAUGUGGCUAUUUCAUGUAAAGAUGGUGCUUUUUUAUAUGAAGAUGGUGCUUUAUUAUAUGAAGAUGGUACUUUAUUAUGUGAAGAAGGCAGCUAUGGCGUUUCAUACUUUUUAUUUGUGUAUAUGUGUGUCCAGUUGCUCGGAGGCUGUCAGAGCUCAAACUGUUUCGGUGCUUUACACUAAAAAUGUUGUCAGUUGCAAUAUAUGUCCCUUAAGCUAUUGUUAUCAAUCAGUACCAUGUGAAUACCAAAUCACCAUUGAUAUUGUCAUGUUCAAAGAUUCAUUGGCGUCGAAACCGGGGGGGAGGGGCCAGGGGGGGGCCUUA